GCCCCUGCCGCGGGGGCCUGGCGGCCUCGGGGCGGUGUCGGCGGCUGCAGGAGCAGCGGGCGCUGUUUGGCCACGGCCUGAAGCCCCCACGGAGCCCCCUCACAAGAGUGACCCGACACUGGCGGCACCUCAGACCUGCCCCGGCUGGGCUGUCCGGGUGUCCCCUGCGAUGGCGGCGUGGGGAGGGUGUUCGGGUUGGAUUUGGAAUAGAUCUGAACUUCAAACCUAAGAUGGCUCAGAAGAGGAGCUCAAGUGGGAGGUCAUUCCCAUUGCUGCUGCUGCUUAUUGCUGUGGCCUUUGUUCAUUUAACUGUCUGUCCCUUUACAAAAGUGGAGGAAAGCUUUAACCUACAAGCUAUCCAUGAUGUGGUGUACCACCAGCUGGACUUGGAUAAGUAUGACCAUCAUGAAUUUCCUGGAGUUGUCCCAAGAACGUUCCUUGGACCAAUUUUUAUUGCUGCUCUUUCCAGUCCAGCUAUCUACGUACUUUCUGUGCUAAGAAUGUCCAAGUUUUAUUCUCAGCUGAUAGUCCGAGGAAGUUUGGGGCUCUGUGUGAUUUACACAUUAUGGAAGCUGCAGAAAGAAGUUAGAAAACAAUUUGGAGCAACUACAGCAUCAAUCUUCUGUCUCAUCACUGUUACUCAGUUUCAUUUGAUGUUUUACUGUACAAGAACCCUCCCUAAUGUGUUUGCACUUCCAUCUGUACUUCUGGCAUUGACAUUUUGGAUACAGCAAAAGCAAAGGCAGUUCAUUUGGUUCUCAGCUUUGGCGAUUAUAGUCUUCAGAUCAGAGCUCUGCAUAUUCUUAGGCCUCAUGCUCCUUGUGACAUUAUUAACUAAAAGAAUCUCCAUUUUCAAGGUGCUUUCCCAUGCUGUUCCAGCUGGAAUGUUUUGGUUGGGGCUAACAAUUGCUGUGGAUUCUCUAUUUUGGAGGCAACUUGUGUGGCCUGAGGGGAAAGUACUCUGGUAUAACACAGUUUUAAACAAAAGUUCCAACUGGGGAACCUCUCCUUUCUUGUGGUAUUUCUAUUCAGCCCUGCCUCGUGCUUUGGGAUGCAGCAUAAUAUUUGUACCUUUAGGGGUAACAGAAAAGAGAACUCGGAUUUUACUUCUGCCAGCACUGGGCUUUAUUUUCUUGUAUUCGUUUCUCCCACACAAAGAGCUACGUUUCAUCAUCUAUACUUUCCCUGUCUUCAACAUAGUGGCUGCUAAAAUGUGCUCACGAAUUCUGAAUAACUACCGGAGAUCCUGGCUGUACAAACUUGGAUCUUUCUUUAUUAUUAUGCAUCUUCUACUUAAUGCUGUUUAUUCAGGAACAUCUUUAUAUGUCUCACAUUUCAAUUAUCCUGGAGGAGUGGCAAUUCAGAAGUUACAUGAGUUGGUACCUUCUACAGCAGAUGUCUCUGUUCAUAUUGAUGUGGCUGCAGCACAAACAGGAGUUUCUCGGUUUCUAGAAAUCAAUUCUGACUGGAGGUAUGACAAAAGAGAAGAUGUUAAACCAGGAGACCAGUUGAUGUUUUCUUACACACAUAUACUGAUGGAAACAAAUCCUCUUCAAAUAUCACAUUACAAGACAACCCACAGGCCACUGGCAAAUAUACCUGGCAUCAGUAAAAUUGGAUUGAACCUUACUGCACUACCUCCUUUUACUUUAAACUUGAAACCAAAAUUAGUACUGUUGGAGAAACUUCCUCUAUCAUCUUGACUGUGAAUUUUAAGUAAGUCUUUGAUGUGAUUUUGCUGAUGACUGAACUAUAUAAGACAGCAACAAAUUGUCAUUCCAGCACUGCAACUCAGCUUCUGUGGAAAGGCACAGAAAAUCUCUGUACCUGCCAAUUGGUAUUUAGCUCCGUCCUGUUUCUUACAUAAAUAAUACAGUGCAUUCCUAGUCAGUAUAUUCUCAGUAUACUGAAUUGUAUUGCUAGAUAUAUUUGAGAGAGGUUGCCUACAAGUUCAUUGAUAUUGAGUAAAACCUGUGUACUUGGUUUGGUAGUCUGUUUCACCACGUAGCACAGGUAUGUCCUAAUUGUCCUAUAUAAGAUACAAAAUCAACAGGUUUGUGCUAGGGCAAUAAUUUAAUAUGUAAUCUAUGUGUGCAAAGAUGUAUUACUUAAUGUAUUUACAGGAUUGUAACCCCCUCAGCUGUCAGGUUGCCUGUGUGAAACGUAGUGAUGUUACCAACAUAGAAAAGCCAUAUUCAUUGUAGCUUCAUCCUAAUACCUAACUGUGCCCUGUAGGCUACCAAACUAAUGAAAUAUUCACUUAAAAAGCAGUUGGACCUCUUGACAAGUGUUUCAUAACAGAUUCGAGUACUAAGGAUGAUUAUCUUCAUUCCAACAGUUCAAGAAAAAGUAGUAACUCGGAUUUCUUGGGAAAAACAACUUUUAAAAUAAUGUUUCUCCUCUUCUGCUGUAAUGAUAUCAUAAUUUGCAGUGCAGAAUUUACCUGUGAAAAUGUCCAUUUUAAGAUAGGUGCUGUUUUCUUCCUUUUUUUUUAUUACGUAAUCCCUUUGGAAAGGAGUGCUCUAAUGUGCCAUUUGCUGCAUUCUAUAAACUAGAGUAAGAUUGCAUGCUCUGUAGUUUUCUUUACUAGAUUUUUUUUUAAGGAUGUCUGCAUAAAUUGCUGAAUGGAACAAGGGAAAAAGGUUAAAAUUCUGGUUAGGGCCAGUUGUAAUGUGACAGAAGCUCCUUUAGUGUAAAAUGUCAGAAUCACUGAAAUUAUCACAGGCAGAAAACUAUUCCUUGCUGACUGAAAACUUGAUAAAAAUCUGAUUAUGGAAUAAAGUGGUUUGGGUUUUUUGU